GACCUAUCUUGUUUUCCCCUGUCGCUUUGUUUGCUUUUGCUUCUCCUUGUCACUCAGAUUGAUCUUCUACCUCUUGAAGGAGUGGAUUAGCCCAAUCUUUCAACUAACACUCAUUACUGGGGUUACUGUUAAUCUGCCUAUUAUUUUAUAUGAAUUGCCCCACCUUCCACCAUCAUCUCCCUCUGUUCAACUUCUGCUUGCCCAUAAUUAGACAUCUGUUCUCUCUCUCUCUCUCUCUCAUAAUCUUAUCUUCAUUUAUUCUCUUUUAGUCACCAUUAACAACUACAUGAGUGGGUAAAAGCUAGAAAAGCUAGUACUGUUAGAAAUCACAAGUCUUGACAAGUACUAAGUCUCUGUCCUUGUUUUCUAAGGGGUACUUUUUUUCUAAUCAAGCUUGCUUGCGUAGACCACUGAAGAACAGCCUCUGCAAUUUCAGGAUAAUAUAAGACAUGCAAAUUAUGUUGAAGGUUAGUGUAUAAUGAUGAGGUUCAAUGAACUUUGUUGCCAAGGAUUAUAUACUCAGGUCGCUGGGUGAUGUCUAUUAGGACGACAGGUUUUCUCUUGUUCUCUGUUGAAUAUGUGCAAGUGCUGUACUGUCAAAUGAAGCAAGUAAGGGAAUUAUAUACUCUCGUCAGGGCUUGUGCACUCUCAAAUAGCAAUGUCUCCAUGGUUGAUAAUGAUGGUCUCUAUUAUGCUGAAUAUGGUGAAGAACCGACUCAAUUUUGUUCAGUUCUUCUCUGAUAGCUCUUAUAAAAGGUUUUUACGCUGCAUUAGCUAAAGAUGGUGGCUCCAACCGCUAACUUGGAUUCUGAAAAUGAAUCUGAAGCCUGCAGUCAAGUAGCAUCCAAUUUAUCAAAGCAAGAACCAUCCCCUGAUCCUUCAAAGGAUGGUGCAACCACAUCUUCAUCUAUCACAAUCAUUGAACUUCAACCAAAUCCAAUGCCUGUAUCACUUGAUCUAACACUCAAUUUUAACUCCACUGAUGUUAAGUUGAAGGGCAUUGGUGAGACUAGCAUUGAAGUAGCUGCUUCAGUCAAUGCAUCAACAAUCCCCAGAGUUUUCUCUUGCAAUUACUGUAGGCGCAAGUUCUACAGCUCACAGGCACUAGGAGGCCACCAGAAUGCUCAUAAGAGGGAACGCACAAUGGCUAAGCGGGCAAUGCGGAUGGGAAUAUAUUCUGAUAGGUAUACUAGCUUGGCAUCGCUACCACUUCACGGUUCUGUGUUUCGGUCCCUUGGAAUCAAAGCUCAUGCUGCAGUGCACCAUGGUGUGGUACCAUCACAUAGGCCUCUUGAUUCGAGAGGUAGAGUGAGGUUUGAGGAAGGCUAUUAUGGGAUGCCAAUGCUAAUGGAAGACGAUGAUGAUUUCGUACCAUUCUGGCCUGGGAGUUUUCGGCAAGUGGGGGAGGGUGUAGAUGGUGAUAUAGGUAUCAAGUUCGUUCAGAGCACAAACAUGAAUUUGGUAGCAGUGGUACCUCCACUACCAACAGAUACAUCGUCACCUGAUCUUACUUUGAAGCUCUGAGUUAUUAUUUUUUUCUCUCUUCGAUUUGAAUUUCACUUUUGUCCAGACUUGUUACUCAUCAUAGUAUUCACUUUUUGUAUAGCGAUAUACGCAUCGGCAACCGCUGAAAGCUUCUCCCAUUUUGAUCAGAAUUCUCACUUGUGCUUAGUUUACUAUGUUGGCUGUUGUUUCUUA